UAAGGGGGGGAAGUAGUGAAGGUUUGGGCAUUUGACAUAGCCCCAAAAUAAAAAGACUCUCCACUUAAUUCAUUUUCCAUCUGAUCAAAGAAUUGGGAAAAGUUAAAGGGAGAAAAAUGGACGAAAGAGGAAUUAUGGGUCCAAAAAGAUCUCAAUUUUCUCCAAAACCAAACAGGAAGCCUAUUGAUCCAGAGGCUAAAAAAUCUGCAAAGAAAAAUCCAAAAAAAGAUCCCAAUUUUCCCAGCUCUUCAAAGCCAAAGCCACAAGCUGCAGCAACCAAUCCUAAUUCUAACGGCAACAAAACUAAUCCCAACUCCGAGACACCUUCUUCUGCUCCACCUCCACCUCCGACUCCGAUUUCAACUCCAAAAGCAAAAAGUCAACCUCCCACGCCUUCUUCUGAUCAUCAUCCACCUCUACCUCACAAUCUGAGUCCGCCUCGAAGAUCAAAAAGUCAACCCGCCACGCCUUCUUCUGCUUCAAAGAUCAACUUUGUAAGACGUAUUGAUAAUGAUAAUUCUACAAAAGCUUUUCCCAAGACUUCGCCCACCUCUGGGUCAGAUCAUCGUCAGAAACAUGUCAAAACUACUGCUGAUCCUCAUUCCCCUGGAUAUUCUGAUUCUUCUCAUGAUAUUGGUGAUCGGUUGUUACAACGCCUUUCUUCUGAAGGUAAAGACCUUGAUGACAUCCUCAAAGGAAACACGAUAGAUGAUUUAAUGGGCUCAAAUAACAGAAAGGAAGAAUCUUCAUCUCGAAAUGUUUCUAGUUUGGCUAUAUUACAAAUUUACCAGAAAAUUGCAUCCCAUCGACAAGGAAACUUAUCCGUUGAACGUUACUUCAAAAAGCUCAAGAAAUUAUGGAAUGAUAUUGGAAUCUAUAGCAGUGAGUCUGUUGAAGGAAUUGCAUUUUGGAGUGAGCUUACAGAAAGAGACAAAGUUAUUCAAUUUUUUAUUGGACUAAAUGAUUAUUAUUCCAUAAUUUGCUCCCAAAUCCUUGUUAACCAGCCAUUCCCAACAGUGGAGGAAGCUUAUUCUGAAAUAAUUCGAGAAGAAAAACGUAGAGAAUUGUUUGUUGCAUUAGGAACUGUGGCGGCACAAGUGAUUCAAAGUAGUUACCAGAAUGGUUCAUCCAACAAUGGUGAUAAUAAAAACCUUGGAAUUGAUCAAGAAAUUGACACAAGUAUUUAACCUUGGAUCUCCUAAUUUAAGCAAAGUUGAAGAUUUUCACCUCAAAGAAAAUUCAAGGAUUAAUUUGAGGACGUACAUAACUAAGACAAACUUGUCCAAACUGUGUUGAUCGUUAUGGUGAGAUACUGCAUAUGCAUUUUAAUUGAAAAUAUUAAACUUAAACCUCUUUGCAUCUGUUUUAGGCGUGGUUUGUUUGUGUAUGAGCGAGACUCACUUAUUUACAAUAUAGAUUGUUUACAGAUAAACUCCGUGAAAAUUAUCAACCUUAUCUUUUAUUAUAACAUGGAAGAAAGUUUGGUCUAUUAACUCUUGAUCAAGUGAAUGGUAAUGGGCCAGAGCUCGACUGGUUUGAUUU